AUCCGCCGGCUUUAUUAUUAUAGCUUUCAACACGUGAAGUAAAACUUGUGCGAGUUGAUCAGCUUAUUCUGUUACCAACUGAUUAGUCCGUUAAACUGUAAUCAUUUAUUCGCAUGAACAUGCUUUUGAGUACGUUCAUAACUAGGUCAGACUGUAGUUCUCUUUGUAAAAUCUAUACAUGUUAGAGCCAAGUUUACACAUCCAGACUUCCAAUACAAUACACAAUUAUCACUGAUUAUACAGUUAGCACAUCAGUGGACACAAUUGCACAACGCUGGAUCAUACCAUAUCAGGACUAAGCGUUUUACUUCGCUUGAAGCAAGAAAAAGAUGUUGUCAAUUGAUCAGAAACAGACAGCAACAUUCGUGUUGGGCCUUGGAAUUGGUAUUGCAGUUGGCUGGAUUUUCAAGGCAAGGUCUGCCAGGCGAAUCAAGUUCACGUCAAAUAAUUCAGAUGAUUUAUCCCGCCCUCUCUUGGCUUCUGACUCGGGAGAAUACAAAAUGGUGAUCGUCGUCCGCACUGACCUCAAGAUGGGGAAGGGGAAGAUUGCAGCUCAGUGUGCUCAUGCUGCUGUAGCCGGGGCUGAGAAGGCAUUUCGUAACAACCAGGACCAUCUGUAUAAGUGGCGGUCAAGCGGUCAGCCUAAAGUAGUGGUCAAGACAGAUGAUGAACCAUCCUUGUUAGCGCUGGCAAAGUCGGCCCAGUCAGCAGGUCUGACGACAAGCAUCAUCCAGGAUGCAGGACGCACCCAGAUAGCUCCAGGGUCAAGGACAGUGCUGGGGGUCGGACCAGGCCCUUCCGAACUUGUGGACAGAGUGACUGGACAUCUCAAGCUGUUGUGACCAUCUCUUGUACAUUAUGCACAUUUAACUGUAAAUAAUAAAUUGUACUCUUGGAUUUUUAAUAAAUCUUAACACAAAAA